AUGGUGUUUGGCCACUUCCAGCCUGCGUGCCUCGAGGACUUCUGCCAGCUUCUGCAGGACUUGGUCGUGGCGCCACCGGUACCGACCCUGAGCCAGAGCUGUUUUGCAUCUCCACAGAGCAGCCUGAGGGUCAAAGGUGUCUGUGUCGUGCUGUGUCUGGAUCUGGAGAAUGUUUCUUCAGUCUCUGUGGACGUCCGUCCAAACCUUCAGCAGUUCUUCAGAGGAGACAGUUUGUCUGUGAGUUGUGCAGAUGUUCAGACAGAUGGAUGGACAGUGAAGAGGAGACUGAAGAAUGGAAAAACCCAGACAUGUGGGAACAGUGAGAGGACCUUUGGAGAGAUAGUUGGUUCAUCCUGCGUCUCACAUGUUGUGGCAGAUUCCAGUGGAGUUUACUGGUGUGAGACCAGUUCAGGACAGCAGAGUGAGCAGGUGUCCAUCACUGUAACAGAAGAGUGGACCAUCUCUGUAGACCACCUGUCUGAUGCAGACCAGUACUCCUGUUAUGUUCCACUGGUUGGUGAAUCUGCACAGAGCAGCCUGAGGGUCAAAGUUUCCGCUACCAAUGAUCACACAACUUCAUCCUCUGAUCCAGGUUCCUCCCCAGAUCCAGAUUCUUCCUCUGGUUCCACCACCCCAGUCAUCAUAGCUGUGGUCUCACUGGUUGUCCUGGUUCUGAUUCUGGUUCUGCUUCUGCUGCUGUGGAAGAAACACAAAGGCGACAGUGGCUCCUCCCCUCCUGCAGAUGUCACCUAUGCUGACGUCACCAUCGCUCAGGCAGCCAAUAGGAGAGAUAAACAUCAUGGAGAGGCUGAGACAGUGUACGCUGGAAUCAAAACAAACACUGAAGGAGCUGAGGACGUCACCUACAGUCACGUUGUCAUCAAAGAUCAGAGGUCAUCUGGACGGAACCAUGCUCAGUCGCCUGAUCCUGACGUGGUUUAUUCAUCGGUCAGACCAAGAAACACAUGACCAGGAACACACGGCAGGUUACUACGGCAACGCAGAUGCCAGCAUCCACGUGUUUUCUUUCUUAACCAGUAAAUGUAGAUCAGCUGAUGGGUGGAUCUAUCUGUUUUAUUGGUGCAGAGCUGUAGAUGUUCACUUUUGUUCCCUUGUAUUUAACAGAUGUUUUGUUUCUUCGCUCCACACUGCCCUCUGGUGGUGAUGUCAUGUAUUAAAUUAAACUGGACUGAAUCCUG